AGUGAAGUUGAGGAGAAAAAUAAUGUCAAAACUGGUGGGAAAACUUUGAGUUGCUCUCAAACCAAACAGAAAGAUUUAAAGAAAAAAAGAGUUAAGGUAUCUUUCACCUGCACUCAGUGUGGAAAGAGUUUCACAUGUAAAUCAAAUCUUAAGCAUCACAUGAAAGUUCAUACUGGAGAGAAACCAUUCACUUGCAAUCAGUGCGGGAAGAUUUUCACACAAUCAUCAAACCUUAAGGAUCACAUGAACAUCCACACUGGAGAGAAACCUUUCAAGUGUUCACACUGUGACAAGAGAUUCAGUCAUACAGUCAAUCUGAAAACACAUGAGAGGAUCCACACUGGAGAGAAACCUUACAAGUGUUCACACUGUGACAAGAGAUUCAGUCAUUUAUCAAGUCUGAAAAAACAUGAGAGGAUCCACACUGGAGAGAAACCUUACAAGUGUUCACACUGUGACAAGAGAUUCAUUCAGUCAGGAAAUCUGAAAACACAUGAGAGCACUCACACAGGAGAGAAACCUUACAAGUGUUCACACUGUGACAAGGGAUUCGCAGUGUCAACAGAGCUGAAAACACAUGAGAUGAUUCACAGUGGAGAGAAACCUUACAAGUGUUCACACUGUGACAAGAGAUUCAGUGUGUCAUCAAAUCUGAAAAAACAUGAGAGGAUCCACACUGGAGAGAAACCUUACAUGUGUUCACACUGUGACAAGAGAUUCAGUCGGUCAGCAGGUCUGAAAAAACAUGAGAGGAUCCACACUGGAGAGAAACCUUACAAGUGUUCACACUGUGACAAAGGAUUCAGUGAUUCGACACAUCUGAAAACACAUGAGAGGAUCCACACUGGAGAGAAACCUUACAAGUGUUCACACUGUGACAAGAGAUUCAAUCAUUUAUCAAGUCUGAAAAAACAUGAGAGGAUCCACACUGGAGAGAAACCUUACAAGUGUUCACACUGUGACAAGAGAUUCGGUGUGUCAUCAAGUCUGAAAACUCAUGAGAGGAUUCACACUGGAGAGAAACCUUACAAGUGUUCACACUGUGACAGGAAAUUCAGUGAUUCAUCGAGUCUGAAAAAACAUGAGAGGAUUCACACUGGAGAGAAAGCACAUCACCGCAUUGUACGUGGGAAGUGUUCCAUUGAGUCAUCUGUUAUACACAAAAACCAACCACAGUAAGGCCCCGUACACGCAGAGACGCAUUUAGAUGUAUAUGUAAAUAUUUUGUAUGGUAUAUGCGUUUCGUCCAGACGGAUCCGGCAUUCGGGGCAGUGAAAACCCUAUUUUUUUCUUUUUUUUAAACCAGGUCCCAGAGUGGAUAAAUCUGAAAAUGACACCUUUGGGUUUUUGUGUACUGCCAAUCCAUAUGUUUUGUAAAACAAUGAUGUCAUCACCCCACGUCUUGACCAUAUUCAGACACCGCUACGUCAUUUAACACCAACAACAAUGGCGGACUACAUGUUUGUGCUCAUGCUGCAGAAGCUACUGAGCCUGUAAGCUUGAUUAAACUUACUAGUAGAGCAGCACGAUAUUGGAAAACAACUCACAUAGCGAUGAUUUUUCUGAUUAUUAGGAACACCAUAGUAAUACAGUGUUUGACCCCCUUUCGCCUUCAGAACUGCCUUAAUUCUACAUGGCACUGAUUCAACAAGG